GCGGGACCCCAGGGGGAGGGCCUGCUGGCCGCUGCCGCCGCGGCCGAGGGGAAGUCGGGGAAGCGCGGCGGCGCGAGGAGCCGCCAGGAUGAAGCUGGUGAGGAAGGACCUGGAGAAGGAUAAUGCGGGGCAGGUGACACUGAUCCCCGAGGAGCCCGAGGACAUGUGGCACACCUACAACCUGCUGCAGGUGGGUGACAGCCUGCGGGCCUCCACAAUCCGGAAGGUGCAGACCGAGUCGGCCACGGGCAGCGUGGGCAGCAACCGCAUCCGCACCACCCUCACCCUCUGCGUGGAGGCCAUCGACUUUGACUCGCAGGCCUGCCAGCUGCGGGUCAAGGGCACUAACAUCCAAGAAAAUGAGUAUGUCAAGAUGGGGGCCUACCACACCAUCGAGCUGGAGCCCAACCGGCAGUUCACGCUGGCAAAGAAGCAGUGGGACAGCGUGGUGCUGGAGCGCAUCGAGCAGGCCUGCGACCCAGCCUGGAGCGCCGAUGUGGCAGCCGUGGUCAUGCAGGAAGGGUUGGCUCACGUCUGCCUGGUCACUCCCAGCAUGACGCUUACCCGUGCCAAGGUGGAGGUGAACAUCCCCCGCAAACGGAAAGGGAACUGCAGUCAGCACGACCGGGCAUUGGAGAGGUUUUACGAGCAGGUGGUGCAAGCCAUCCAGCGGCAUAUCAACUUUGAGGUGGUGAAGUGUGUGCUGGUGGCUAGCCCAGGCUUUGUACGGGAGCAGUUUUGUGACUACAUGUUCCAGCAGGCGGUCAAGACUGACAACAAGCUUCUGCUGGAGAACAGGGCCAAGUUCCUACAGGUCCACUCUUCCUCGGGACAUAAAUACGCAUUGAAGGAAGCCCUCUGCGACCCAGCUGUAACUAGCCGUCUCUCUGACACUAAGGCAGCUGGUGAGGUCAAAGCCUUAGAUGACUUCUAUAAAAUGCUGCAGCAUGAGCCUGACCGGGCUUUUUAUGGUCUAAAACAUGUGGAGCAGGCCAAUGAAGCCAUGGCAAUUGAUACCUUGCUGAUCAGUGAUGAGCUUUUCAGGCACCAGGAUGUGGCUACACGCGCCCGAUAUGUUAAGUUGGUAGACAGCGUACGGGAGAACAUGGGCACGGUACGCAUCUUCUCCAGCCUUCAUGUGUCUGGAGAGCAGCUUGGCCAGUUGACGGGGGUGGCAGCCAUCCUGCGCUUUCCUGUGGCUGAGCUCUCUGACCAGGAAGAUGAAUCUAGCUCUGAAGAGGAUUGAUAACAGUGAACUUCACGGUUUCUUUACCAAGUCAUGUUGAAAUGACAUUAAAGACCCUCCCUUCCUAAAUACCGUGUGCAGAUGUGCCAUGACCUGUAAUUUAAGUUUUUGAUAGUAUUUCAUACAGCAUAUAGCUCUGCUCAGCACACUAAUGGAUAUCUGUUCUGUGGUAAUGAUUAUUGGUAUGCUGUGCAUUGGAGUUGACUGUUUUUGCAAGUUACACCCUGGACCUCCAGCAGUACACGAAACUAAUUUGACUCCCCAAAGCUGCUCAUUCUGCAUGUUAAGGCAGACUGGCAGCUUGGUGUUUUGGAAUGUGUAUGAAAAGAUAAUAAACUAAGAGGGAGAAAAUUAUGUCAGACUGUCUAUUUCUGUUUAAAUGCUUGAAAACAGUAUUGCAAAACAAAGGUAAAGGUUUUUGAUAGGUCAUGCAAGACCUUGAUCUUAUUAGGAAUUCACCAUUCUUCCCAAGAUGUGGCAAAGGAGUGGGAUAACAUUAUCUGUUAGGGGUUUUUUUGGUGUUAUGAGUCUUAACUAAAAUAUUUCUGUGAAACACUUGAAGCAAUCUUUCAGAAACCAGACCCUUUAAAUUAACCAUUUCCUCCCUGAUAUGAUAGUAGACGCAAGACAAAUUGUGAAGCUCAGUGCACCCAUUUCAGUUACCUUUUUGAAUGCUGUUAUCUUGGGAGAUUGUCCUGACGGCUAACAAGGUAUGAUGUAUCUUGUCAUUGACUGUGUUCUGAUGAAUUGGCAUUGGGAUUGUGUAACACCCAGUUCUGAGAAGGUAUAUGAAAAGGCUUACAAAAUCAGGACCCUAGUUUUCAUGAGGAAUCUUUUGACAACAAAUAGUUUAAGUAAGUUCAUAAUCUGGUAUUUGUCUCUUUGUGUACGUCUUUAAAAACAUACAUAAGCUGUGAUACAGAAGUAAGGAUUACAAAUUUAUAAAUUGAACUUCAGCUUAAGAUAAUGACAACUGUAAAAAUCAAAAUUACUUUUCCAAUUAUGUGAUCUGCUCAAAGUAUUGAGAGCCACUGAGUUUUGUUUCUUCACUGGACAAUAAAUCUUAGGCUGAGGAAGCAGAAACUGCUUUUGGAUUCUGACAUAUCUGCAAGGGGAUUGUUCAGUUUAAACCGAUGUUUGAUGGUGUAGGUUGUGUGAGUAAAUAAGCAUUUCUUUUUUUAAAUGUGGGAGGGGGGCAACAGGAGAGACUUGCCAAAAAUACAUUUCAUUUAAGAAAACCGUGGAAGACUUCUGAAAUAUGGAAAGGGACAUAACAAUGGAAGAUUAAAAAUAAAAACACACAAACUUUUAGUCUGGGUAGAAUAAUUUUAGAAAAAGCAUUUUUAAUGGUACUGUGUGCUAGCUCUGUGAACUUGAUAUUAUCUAUUGCUAGCUGCAACAUCUGCCUAAAAUCCUUGAUAGAGCAGUACUUCUGGGUUAAAAGCCAUCUCCCCUUUUCCCAUCGCCCACAGAGUCUAAAGAAUGCAUGAACAGAACUUAAUUAGAGCUGUACUUUAUUAACACUUUGAUUCUUCUCUCACUGAAGACAAGCAAGCCCAUUAAGACAGUUGUUCAGAGUCAGCUUGCACAGAUAAACUAUGUUAAUUUGAGCUUUACGUUUUUGUCUUGAAUGGUGUUGAGCGCCACAAGUCAUAGAAUGCUCAGGUAGGCUUCCUUCAGCAGUUAGGACUGGUUAAAUUAAAAUUUCUUUUUUUUUCUUUUAAAAAUCUGCCUAAGCUGAUUAUACACUUUGCCUGCUAGAAAGCACCAUGAUUCUUGCUGUGUACGGAGUUUAAUGUAAAAACAUAAGAAACAGGUAGAAGAAUCUGACCUUCAAUAAAUAUUAUUUAUAUGCAGCAAACUAUGGCUUUAAAUAGGCUCAUAAUGUCUAAACAAAGUCAUUAAUUUCUUUAAGAUAAGCUGGUAUAUUAGUAUUUCCCUUCUUUUAAGAAAUGCUAAUUUGUUGCAAUUGUACACAAAUGAUGCUUACAUUCAAAAUUGUAAUACAGCAGGAAAUUCUUCAUUUAAUUCUCAGCAAACUGAGAGACAAAUCAAACUGUUCCUGGGUUGUGGAAUGGUUUGCUAUUUUAUUAGACCAAAUUGAUUCCAGUUAUUCCAUUUUAAAGAAGAAAUUAUGAAGAGUUUUUGCUGUGUACUAUAAGAUCACAAUGGCAAUUCUGCAAGUCUAUGCUUUGUGCUUGUGGUGUGGUAUCACCAAGGAAAAGAAGCAGCCAUUUUGCUGCUUAUUUGUUUUUUAAGGUAUAACAGCAAACAUCUAGUAAGAAAAUAUGUUCACAGUGAUUCUUUUCAUUAUUUACACUUAGAAUUAAAAUUCUGCACAGACUUUACAAUUUAUGAGUAUUUUUCUUUGUUUAGCUAUUGCUAUCAUGGCAUUAAGACUCUGAAAGAAAUACACAUCUAGUUGCCCAAAGUAUGGAAGGGUGGGAUUUUUUUUUUUUGGUAAGCAUUUUUGUAGUAAAACAAAUAUACAAUCACUAUGUAGACAAAUGCAUCCUGUUUCAGGAAACAGCUUAAGGGCUGUUAAGGGUAUUAAAAGUAGCCUGUGUUCAGUAGUUGGCAGAUGCUUGACCUGGCAAAGUUCCAGUGUUGCUAGUAUCUUUUACAUUUAAAGGAAGUUUAAAUAGUUGAAAAGUCCAUAUUGACAAAGAUGCUUGCUUAACACAGACCUUAACAUCUGUGUGUAGAUCGCACUUACGCAGAUGACACAUGUUAUCUGCAGAUCAAAUGAGUAAGUACUAGAGCCAUGGGAAAAUAUUUUUUGUGUCUCAUCUCUGGAAUUAAACAUACAUGAACUAAAAACUGUCCACAAUAUGAAAAUUGUUCUCUUGCAUCAUAAAGCAUUUAGUAAUUUUGAACAGUGUUUCGGUUUAGUUUCUGAUUAUAUUCUGAUGUAAUUCUGUGAAUUACUAGCAUCAUUUAUCUUCCAAUUUUUCAGUUUUCAAAGUAAAUGAAUACACAUUGUAUGACUUGUUAAUGUUUAUUACGUUUGGUGGGAAGAAAGCUUUAAAAAGUAUCAUGAAAUCGGCUUGAUCCUGAACCCUGCUGUGCUCUUAGCUUCAAAGUUUCAAAUAAAUUCAUUAAUGUAGGUCA